CGCUGGUUUACAGUCAGUCGUUCUAUCUUUUCUGGUAAACAUGGGACAAUACUGGACAAUUGGAGUUCUUCUUUUGGGCUGCGUCCUAGUGGGCAAUGCCUGUAAAUAUACCUGUGUUUCCAAGGAACUGUGUCAAUACGAGGCUCCUGAUUUCGAAUACCGAAACAAACGUGAUUGCCCCGAACACCAAAUUUGUUGUGGAGUUCGGCGAGGUAGCAAGCAAGAACAGCCAUCAGGACCACCCAGUUCGUACGGGACAGGGUACCAGCAUCAACCAUCAUAUGAUCAAACAAUCCAAACUGGUGGUGGUUCAACUGGUCAGAAGCACCGUCCAGCCGCACCCGUAUCAGUUGUACCAAAUGGACCUAAUGAUAAUUUUUCGGGAGGAAACAAUUUUGACCAGACUAGGAGACUGCCACAACUGAACGGGGACUAUCCUGAAGGUCAUUCUCAAGGCCAACGGCCAGCAGGACAGCGUCCAGCAGGCAGCGGUGGUUAUGGACAACCAAAAGGACGUGAGGAUCAACCAACAGGUGGUUAUACAGGCGGCAAUGGAAACAAUUGGAACCAGGCCGCCGGAAACCCACCAGUCAAUGGUGGUUAUCCAGCAAAUGUGCCAGCACCAGUCAAACCGGAAGGUACCAGUCAAGGACAGUGGCCAGGAGGACAGCGUCCAGCAGGCAGCGGUGGUUAUGGACAACCAAAAGGAAGUGAGGAUCAACUAACAGGUGGUUAUACAGGCGGCAAUGGAAACAAUUGGAACCAGGCCGCCGGAAACCCACCAGUCAAUGGUGGUUAUCCAGCAAAUGUGCCAGCACCAGUCAAACCGGAAGGUACCAGUCAAGGACAGUGGCCAGGAGGACAGCGUCUAGCAGGCAGCGGUGGUUAUGGACAACCAAAAGGACGUGAGGAUCAACCAACAGGUGGUUAUACAGGCGGCAAUGGAAACAAUUGGAACCAGGCCGCCGGAAACCCACCAGUCAAUGGUGGUUAUCCAGCAAAUGUGCCAGCACCAGUCAAACCGGAAGGUACCAGUCAAGGACAGUGGCCAGGAGGACAGCGUCCAGCAGGCAGCGGUGGUUAUAAUGCAGGAAACCUACCAACUGGAACAGCCGGAAACAACUUAAACCCAGGAAGAAGGGAGCAACCAACCCAAGGCUACAAUGCAAACAAAGCGACUCCGGGGACAGAAGGAGCCAGACCUGGCCAAAAUCAACACUGCGGUAUGAGCAACGUAAAUGGCUUAGGUUUUAUCAAAGGAAUCGCCGGGGAUCAAGCGAGACCUGGCCAAUAUCCCUGGGUUGUGGCUGUGUUUAACAAUGGAAGAUACCUUUGUGGUGGAUCCCUGAUUAGUGCAGAUGUUGUCCUAACAGUGGCCCAUCCACUGGUUGGUAAGACCGAGACCGACCUUGUGGUCAGGGCUGGCGAAUGGAGCAUGGACACCAACGAAGAGUCGUUUCAACUUGAGAACCGCGAAGUGGAAAGGAUAAAGCGCCACGAAGGAUUUAAUUUUACUAGUGGUGACAAAAACUUGGCAGUUCUAAAACUAAAAACUCCGUUCCAGUUGAAGGACCAUAUCAGAACUAUUUGUAUGCCCGUCCCGAAAAAAACGUUUGAACCGCGCCGCUGCAUAGUUGCUGGUUGGGGUAAGAUGAAGUACCAAUCUCCAGACUAUUCGGCGGUACUGAAGAAAGUGGAUUUACCCUUGGUGGACAGGCACACAUGUGAGCAACAGUUGAGGAGAACCAAAAUGGGUCAUGACUUUCAGCUGCCUGCCAGUAUGAUUUGCGCCGGAGGUGAGUUAAACCAAGAUGCCUGCACCGGAGAUGGCGGAUCAGCUCUGUUCUGCCCCAUCGGAGAGGAUGAUUCAGGUCUCUACGAGCAAGUUGGCAUCGUUAACUGGGGCAUCGAGUGCGGCCUGAAAGAUGUCCCGGCCACCUACACAGAUGUGGCCCAAUUCAAGUACUGGAUUGAGGAGCAGACGCUACCUUUCCGAUACAGGAAAUCAGGGAGACCAUUAUAUUAGGUACUUUCAUGAUGGACAAAAUGCACCAAUAGAAGUUAAAUGCAGUAACAUGUUUUUGACUGAGUUUAAUUUUCUUUAAUAAAAAUCUUUAUAACUAACA